AGCUCUGUAAACAUCAUGCUGAAGUUCAGGGUCACCCACGGCUCCAGCCACAAUGAACGGAAGGUGACCUGCAAGCACCCGGUGUCCGGCGUCCCGUCACAAGACAACUGCAUCUUUGUGGUCAAUGAACAACCAGCCAGGAAGGCCUCGGCUGAGCAGGAGGGCAGCGCUGAGCAGAAGGAGCGUCCCAUGAGCAUCAUGAGUGAAGCUUCCAACUACACCGGUGGCUCCGAUUACAGCCAGGCCCCCACCUCCAUCUCCACCUCCACCAGGCCUUCCAGGCCGUCCAAGAAGAUCCAUAACUUUGGGAAGAGGUCGAACUCCAUCAAGAGGAACCUGAAUGCACCGGUGGUGAAGAAGAGCUGGCUGUAUAAACAGGACAGCAGCGGCAUGAAGCUGUGGAAGAAGAGGUGGUUCGUUCUGUCUGAUCUGUGUCUUUUCUACUACCGUGAUGAGAAAGAGGACAGCAUCCUGGGAAGUAUCCUGCUGCCCAGUUUUCACAUCUCCAUGCUGUCUGUGGACGACCACAUCAGCAAGAAGUAUGCCUUCAAGGCCACUCAUCCCAACAUGAGGACCUAUUACUUCUGCACAGACACAGCUAAAGAGAUGGAGUCUUGGAUGAAAGUCAUGACAGAUGCUGCUCUGGUCCACAGCGAACCGGUUAGAAGACUGGAUAAGCUGAACGUGGACCAGCAGCCGCCUCAGCAGUGGAACAACCUGAUGAAUCACGCGGUCCGAACUCAGCCGGAGCUCCAGAACAAUGAGCGGAACAGGGAACCCGUGCGCCAGGAGUCCCUUUCACGGGCCGAUCGUUUGAAAGACGCAGAGAAACCAAACCGGCAGAGGGAGCGCGAGUACUACACCCUACAGAGAGACGGAGAGAAGUAUUCCCUGAGGAAAGAUGGAGUUAGCUACAUGCUGCAGAAGGACGGCGAGCGAUACGUCCUCCACAGAGACGGAGAGCGAUACCUGCUGAGAAAGGAUGGGGAGAAAUACUCGCUGCAUAAAGAGGUGGAGAACUACGCUGUUCAGAAAGUGAAUAACAGAUAUACAGUCACCCCCACAGAGGAGAAAUACGCUCCUUCCAAAGAUGGAGAGAAGUUCCUCCUCACCAAAGAUGGAGAACGGUCUGCUCUGCAGAAAGUUGGAGAUCGACACAAGCUCCAGGACGAUGGACACAGCUAUGUCCCUCAGAAGGAGGUUAAGAGACAGCUCUCACUGAGGGAAACGGAGCGGUACGGCACCUGGAGGGACCUGGGAACCAAACAGAGCACCGUCCACAUGGUGGAUAAGUACGGCAACCUGAAGGAGGUCAGGAAGUACAGCACCCUGCGAGAGGGGAACAGGUACGCUGCCGUCAAAGACGCAGAGAAGUACGCCACGAUUCGGGCCGGGGAAAGGUACGGCUUUCAGAUGAACCCCAGCUCAGAGAGGUCUGUGACCAAAAUCAGCAGCAUUAUGCUGCAGCCCGCUCAGGCUGCCGCCAUCGCAGCCGCAGUGUCUGCAUCACGCCACAACCAGGCAGGCCUCAGCACCCAGAACCCUCCACAGGCCGUCAGCUCUGGGUCCAGGCCUGCAGAACCGCCGGGGGACCGUGGUCAGAGCAGCACCGCCGCCAGCCUUCCUCUGCAGGCCCCGGCUCCGGUUCAGGAGCCGGACGGCGGCCUGGCCGGCUCAGACCGCAUGCAGCAGCUGGAGGCCAGAGUCCGGACUCAGCGGAGCCGAGAGCUGGAGGACGACACUCGAAGCGUGACGUCGUACCAGACUCUGCCCAGGAACAUGCCGAGCCACAGGACCCAGACCGUGCACUGCUACCCCGCAGGUUACCGCACUCUGCCCCGCAACAGCGUAGUCAGGCCCGACAGCAUCUGCAGCGUGGCGGGUUCUGUUUAUGACCGGGCCCUCCGGCCGGGCCCCGGCGCCAGCACAGCGGAGAAGAGGAGGUCGCUGAGGGACGACACCAUGUGGCAGCUGUACGAGUGGCAGCAGAGGCAGGCCUUCUGCAGGCAGAGCUUGGUCCAGCCAGCAGCAUGUCGCUACGGCACCCUGCCCAGCACCAAGACCAUGGGGAGCCUCUCUGAGCACGCCGUGGAACGCUGCGUCUCCACCUCUCCGUCUCACGGAUCCCUGGCGCUCUACAGCACCUUCUCCCCUCCUCAGCAGCAGCUCACCGCCAACCCCAACAGCUCGCUGUCUGAGGUGUCCUCGCCUGUCCUCAGAGGCGACGGCACGUUGGAGCGUCGGCAGAGGUCUCAAUUCAGCAAGUACGGAUGUCCAUCUGACCGACGGUCCAUAGCCGCCGCCGUCCCUCCUCAGACCAUCACUCCACAGUCUCUGCAGGGGAAAACGCCGGAGGAGCUGACCCUGCUGCUCAUCAAGCUCCGCCGGCAGCAGGCAGAGAUCAACAGCCUGCGGGAACACACCGUAGCUCAGCUGAUGGCCCUGGGAGCAGAAGGAACCAACGCCAAGACUGAUGUUCUCUCCCACCACCUUCAGAGGAACCUUAUUUACCUGGAGAAGCAGACGAAGGAGAAUGAGCCUCUUAUCUUCAUGAUUCACACAAUGAUUGAGAACUCGGCACCGAGGCCGCAACUCUACCAGCAAGUGGACCCAGAUGAUCUCCCAGACCGCUCUCCGCUGCAGUCCACAGGCGAGGCUGAUGUGGAGACGAAGCUCAGCCGGCUGUGUGAGAAGGACAAGGUGUUGAGGAUGCAGGAGGAGAAGCUGCAGCAGCUGCACAGGGAGAAGCACACUUUGGAAGCGGCGCUGCAGUCGGCCAGCCAGGAGCUGGGAGAGCAGAGCAACUCCACCACAGCGGCGGCGCAGAGCCUGGUCCAGCAGAGGGACGUCCUGCAGAGCGGCCUGCUCGGCACCUGCAGGGAGCUGAGCAGAGUCAGCGCUGAGCUAGAACGGUCCUGGACGGAGUAUGAGCAGCUGGAGGCAGACGUCUCUCUGGCCAGGACCAACCUGUUGGAGCAGCUGGAGGCUCUGGGCAGCCCGCAGACAGAACCUCCAAGCCAGCAGCACAUCCAGAUCCAGAAGGAGCUGUGGAGGAUCCAGGAUGUGAUGGAGGCUCUGACCAGAACCAAAGCUCAGCAGAGACCAGAGAUAGCAGGGUUUCCAGGAUCCAGACCUCUCUCCAGUCAGCAGAAGAACGAGGCAGUGCCACUGCUGCCAUUUAAAGAGGGCCACAAGGUGCCAGCUCGCCCCCCCCUCCCUCAGUGCUAUGACUCGUCAGAGCGCGUCCCUCACGUCCCCCUCCACCACUCACAACCCGGCAGCCGACCCCUCCACAACCACCGGCCCGAAGAGCGAAAGGCCAGCUGCAGGAACGGAGCGCAUAGCCAAGCUCCAGACUACCGGCUGUAUAAGAGCGAGCCUGAGCUGACAACUGUGAAUGAAGAAGGAGACGAGGCCAACAGCGAGGACAAGGAUAAGACCGAGACGUCUGCGGAGCGUAGAGACACCUCAGCCCCCAAAGCGCCCCCCUACCCUGUGGGCAUCGUCGCUCCGAGGACCAAAUCCCCCCUCAGCACUCCUGAGUCUGCCACCAUCGCCUCCUACGUCACCCUAAGGAAGACCAGAAAACCAGAGUCCAGAAGUGACCGGCCCAGGAGCACAGCGGAUCAGACGGGAGAGCGAGAAUUCAUCAGAACCAGGAUGAGUGUGGAGGAGCAGCUGGAGAGGAUGAGGAGGAACCAGGAGGCUUCAUCGCUCCGAGAGAAGAGGAGAGGAACGCUGUCUCGCUCGUCCUCCUUCAACAGAGACAGUACCGGCCUCCACCUGCAGAAACCUGAGGAGCUUCAGCAGGAGAAGGCCGAGGAGGUGCAGCCAGCGGGGGAGGUGCAGCCAGCGGGGGAGGUGCAGCCAGCGGGGGAGGUGAAGCCAGCGGAGGAGGUGAAGCCAGCGGAGGAGGUGAAGCCAGCGGAGGACUUGCAACCAGCAGACACAUCCAAUCAAAUGAUGUGUGGGAGCCAGAGGGUGGUCAUCGUGGACCUCGGUACCGAGCCAAAGCGUGUUGAGAUGGUCAACCUUCACCCCUAUGAGGAUGAUGAGAGCAAAGGUCCAGAUCUAAGCAGCUCUCCCAGCAGCAUCACUGAAAUCAGCUUUCAGACACCAAGCCCUGACUUUAAGGAGCAGGAAUCAGACGGGAGCCAAACUCUGAGCCAGGAGGAGCUGAUUGGGACGAGUCUGGAUUCAUACAAACAGCUGACUGGAGACGGCACGAAACGCAACAUCAACAACAUGUUAGCUGGUAGGAAAAAAAUUAAUCCAGGGACAGAUUAGGGCUUCAUCAGACUA